AUGCCUGAUCCUCGUCGAACCUCCACGCAAUAUGCGCGUCGGGAGCUGGACAUUUGGAAAGAAGAGUUGGAUCCGGAGUGGGCUCAGACAAAGCCCCAUUUUAUGACUUGUGACUUCUUAAACUUGAGAGAUCCCCGGACUCCUUGUACAGAUCGAAAGCAGCGCGUUUGGAAGGACGAGCUUGAGUUGGAGCGGGCGCAGACGAGAUCGCACCUUGAAAGACCCGAUGUUCCUGGUUUAAGAGUGGCCUGGGCUGCCUCCGAAGACCAAGAGCAGCGCAUUUGGAAGGAGGAAAUAGACCCUGACUGGUGCCAAACAAGGCCAACGUUUCUGAAACAUGCGUUUGGAGACCUAAGUGUACCCCUUGAUCAAGGGGGAGAUGAAUGGAAAGUCUGGAAGGAGGAAGAAGAUGCAGAGUGGUCUCAGACAAAGACAGAGCUGUUUGCACACAAGACUUUGGAGCUGGGCUCGCCUUUCCCUCAAUAUCAAAGUCAAGAAACUUGUGUCUUGAAGGCGGGGCAAGACUCAGAGCAGUAUCCAGAACCAAACGUGCCUCUCAUAUACACCAAGCCUCCUGUAGGACGCCUAAAAGUAUAG